AUGGCCCAGAUGCAGAUACAGACACCGAUACCGAUUCCAUCGAUGCCAGCCACCUCGGAGCCCACCGAAAAGCUCAGCCACCCGCACAGCAUUGGCAUCCAGUUGCAGCACAAGGGCAUGCCCCAUGGCCUCGGCCUGCUGACCACGGUGGCCUCGCUGCCCCCCAAGUACCGCAGUCGUUACCUGAACCUGAAAACCAGGUGCGAAAUUCCACUGGAUCUAACGCUGAAGCUGCCCUCACCACUGCCCAGCAGCGAUGUGCCCAUGGCCGCCACAUUCGCCGAGGUCUACAGCGAGGAUACGGGUGCGAGUUCCAGCGAGGCGCAGUUGGCGGUGUCCAAAGUGGAGGAGCUGCCGCCACCGGUGAAACCGCCAACGCCACCGCAGAGUCCAGCAGGGAAGCGCAAAUUGAGCCGCGAGAGCAAUGACGACGAACAGCCGGCUAAAGUGGCCAAAAAGGAGGAGGAGCCGGUGGAAACAGUGGAAGCCACACCAGCGAAACCCGUUAGAGUGGCGGAUACAGCGGCCAAAACCAACAAGGCCUCCACUUCGUCGGCGAAGCCCUCCCGCAACAAAGCCACCCGCAAGCUGAAGUUCGAUGAGGAGACCAGUUCCCCCGUCUCGGGCACCAUCAUCCGGCCGCUCGAGGACAUCACCGAUGGAUCGAUGCAGUACAGCAACGGCGACAUUGACCCCAAGUACAACAUAGUCGAGAUCACGGAGGAGACCAAGGCGGAACUGGCCGCCAUCAAGAACGUGAUUGGCGACUACGUGUGCCGCCUGUGCAAGAUCAAGUUCGAGGACGCCUUCGGGCUGGCCAGGCACAGGUGUGCCUGCAUCGUCCUGCUGGAGUACCGGUGUCCCGAGUGCGGCAAGCAGUUCAAUUGUCCUGCCAACUUGGCCUCCCAUCGCCGGUGGCACAAGCCGCGCAAGGAGGCGUCCAAAAAGGAGAAUCGCAACACCACCAACCAGCCGGAGAAGCAGCAGCAGGCGGAGAAGAAGUCGGAGGAGGAGCUGGCCUUCGAUUGCCAGGAGUGCGGCAAGAAGUUCAAGAGGGCCGCCUACCUGAGGAAGCACCAACUGACCCAUCAGAAGAAGGAAAAGCCGGUGGUGGAAAAGCAGUUGAAAAUGAAGCCAACCGCCAGCACCACCACUAUCACGGGCAGUUUCCACUUCAACCAGGCGGUGUCCACCAGCUCCUCCUCCGCCAGCAGCUCGCACUCCGACGAGGGCGUCUACGUGGUGGGGUCCAAUGCCAAGGAGAACUACGACUACGACAACGACUACCUCUCGGACUCCAGCUCCUCCGCCUCAUCAGCGGGUUACGGUCGGCUCCAGAUUGUGGAGCACGGCCUCACGGAGGAGGAGAGCAUUGCUGCCGCGGCACUGACCAACUUGAGGAACUGCGCCUCCGUCAUCCAGCACACCACCAUGGCCCACUGA